AUGUUCUCCAAGGAGCCUCCGAACCUGACCAAUGUGCGCAACCGCAUGGCAACUCUAAUCAUCAAGCACGACUGUGAGGACAGCAGCCAGAAGCCUACCGCCCUCUUCCAAGAGAAGGAGUUCGAGAGGAGAAACCGCGGUGCCUAUUCCACGACCACCAACUUCUCGACCAAGAACCAUUACCGCCCCGACCUCGUCCAGGACACUGCCGCCAGAACUAGCGCAACCCCCCACUCGCAUAGAGGUGUGAAGGAAUCCCACGGGAAAGCGAACCGUGGAUCAAAGGGAAACGAAGUGGGGACCGCUGAGGCUUGA